AUAGAAGUACUGUAUAUAAUUUUAAUUCCGCAUAUUUCCUGCUUUGGAAUCAAUAAGUCAUGGAUAAACAGGUCACUUGGGCCAAAGUCAAUUGACACUAUGUGCCGUGGGGAUUAUCACCAUGUUCGGUUUCACAUCUACAUCGCGGGAUAGAUCCACCACGGUACUGUAACUGCACUGGUGCCUAGCCAUGAAAACUUACCAAUUAUAAUCGCUAGGUCAUUGCAGGCAACCAGAAGAUGGGUUCAAAAGCAGUAGAUGAUAUGAUGGAGGCCUCAUCAGGAGUUCAUUAUUCCGGAUUUCAUCUGCAGGGCCCCAAUGGUACUGAGCUUGAGCAACCAACAACUUCACUGAGUGGCAAUGUUCCUAAACAGCCCUUUGUCAUUGGAGUUGCUGGAGGAGCUGCAUCAGGGAAGACCACCGUUUGUGAUUUGAUUAUUGAACAACUUCAUGAUCAGCGUGUUGUUCUAGUUAAUCAGGAUUCUUUCUAUCAUAACUUGACACCUGACGAACUUACAAGAGUUCAAGAAUACAACUUUGAUCAUCCUGAUGCGUUUGACACUGAGCAAUUGUUGUGCAUCUUGGAUAAACUGAAGCACGGGGAAGCAGUAGAUAUUCCCAAAUAUGACUUUAAGACUUACAAAAACAUUGCAUUGAGAAGGGUAAAUCCAUCAGAUGUUAUAAUUCUAGAAGGCAUUCUUAUUUUUCACGACCCUCGCGUCAGAGAUCUGAUGAAUAUGAAGAUAUUUGUAGAUAUAGAUGCUGAUGUACGCCUUGCAAGGAGAAUAAGACGUGACACAGUUGAAAAGGAGAGGGAUAUUGCUAUGAUCCUGGAUCAGUAUUCGAAGUUUGUCAAACCAGCUUUCGAUGACUUCAUUCUUCCAACAAAAAAGUAUGCAGACAUCAUCAUUCCCCGAGGUGGAGACAAUCAUGUUGCUAUUGAUUUGAUUGUCCAGCACAUAAGGACAAAACUUGGUCAACAUGAUCUUUGUAAAAAUUAUCCCAAUCUCUAUCUUAUUCCUUCGACUUUUCAGAUACGAGGCAUGCAUACUCUUAUCCGUGAUUCCCAAACGACGAAACAUGAUUUUGUAUUUUAUGCUGACCGGUUGAUCCGCUUGGUAGUUGAACAUGGUCUGGGGCAUCUGCCAUUUACAGAAAAGCAGGUCAUCACCCCAACAGGCUCUGUGUACACGGGUGUUGAUUUUUGUAAGAGAUUAUGUGGCGUCUCAGUAAUUAGAAGUGGGGAGAGUAUGGAAAAUGCUUUGAGGGCAUGUUGUAAGGGUAUAAAAAUUGGAAAAAUUCUAAUUCACCGAGAAGGUGAUAAUGGCCAACAUCUAGUCUAUGAAAAACUACCACAUGACAUAGCAGAGAGGCAAGUCUUAUUGCUGGAUCCUAUCCUGGGAACUGGGAAUUCAGCAGUUCAAGCUAUUUCUCUACUCAUAAAGAAGGGUGUCCCGGAAUGUAACAUUCUCUUCCUAAAUCUCAUAUCUGCACCUCAGGGAGUUCAUGUUGUUUGCAAACGUUUCCCAAGAAUAAAGAUUGUGACGUCUGAGAUUGAAACCGGCUUAAACGAAGAUUAUCGUGUCAUUCCAGGAAUGGGCGAGUUUGGGGACCGAUAUUUUGGCACCGAUGAAGACUAAAACAACACCGUUUUUUUGUAUUUUAUUUGUUCCCAACAGAUUCAAUCCGGGUUUCAUUUUCCCUUCACCUUUGGGAUAAUGUCUGUCAUUAUAUUUAGAAAGGACACAGUGCUCAAAUUUUGUUGGACUUGACACUUAAAGAAUAAACAUUUCAAAUUCUUAUAUACGAAGUGUGUAAUUUCAUAAUCUGUUUCCUUCUCACUAAUUAAGCUCAUGAUCACUUGCCUCA